GGGUAUUGAGGUCAAAAUAAUGAAAAUGGAAAGUUGGCAUGGUUGGAAAGAGACAACCUAGUCCAAAAGAUUACACUGUUCAUUAAGAAUAUGUGUAUGCAUGUAUAUAUAUAAGGAAAUUAAAGGGAGAAGGCAAUUGAAAAAGAAGUGGAAGGGUUAAGGCAGGCAAUACUGCUAAGGCAAGCUAUAUAUCCACUUAUUUGACCUCCUCCAAAAAUAUUCAAACAAGAAAAGAAAGGAAUUCCAAAAUAAUCAUAUAUAUCUGCCAUUUUUGAAUUCUACAAUAUAAUCUCCUCUCAUCCCUCCCUCAACUAGUAUAAUGGCAACAACAACAAUAGGCAUCACCUAUAUUAUUAUUCUUGUUGCAUGUUUUCUCUCUUCAUCAUCAGAUAUUGGAGUUGAAUCAUUCGGAAUCAACUACGGGCAAGUAGCAAACAAUCUACCAGAGCCAGAGAAAGUGCUAACACUGUUGACCACCCUAAGGAUCACAAAGACAAGAAUCUACGACACCAACCCUGACAUUUUGAGGUCUUUUGCAAACUCCAACAUGGACUUAAUCGUGACGGUGGAGAACGAGAUCCUAAGCCAACUGGACGAUCCACAAGCGGCGUCUCAGUGGGUCAGCACCCGCAUACUGCCGUACCUACCGGAAACAAAGAUCACCGGAAUUCAGGUUGGAAACGAAGUCUUCACCGACGACGACACUACUCUCAUCCAGCACCUUGUCCCUGCAGUCAUCAACAUCCACAACGCUCUCACCAAAGCUGGCUACUCCAACAUCCAAGUCUCCACGCCCAGUUCUCUGGCGGUUCUGGAUGAGUCUUACCCUCCUUCUGCCGGCACCUUCAAGGCCGAGAUAUCUACCAUCAUGUACCAGUUCUUGAACUUCCUCUCAACAACCAAGACCCCCUUUUGGAUCAAUGCAUACCCAUACUUUGCAUACAAAGACGAGCCCGAUCAGAUUCCACUCGACUACGUUCUCUUCAAUCCCAACUCGGGAAUGGUUGAUCCCAACACCAAGCUUCGCUACGACAACAUGCUCUAUGCAAUGGUGGACGCUGUUUACUUCGCCAUUGCCAAGAUGGGCUUCAAGGGGAUCGAGGUCAGAGUCUCUGAAACCGGUUGGCCUUCCAAGGGUGACGUAGACGAAGCUGGUGCAACUCCGCAGAAUGCUGCUACUUACAAUCGAAACUUGUUGAGGAGGCAAAUGGCCAAUGAAGGCACACCUUUGAAUCCCAGGAUGAGGUUGGAGGUUUACUUGUUUGCAUUGUUCAACGAAGAUUUGAAGCCUGGACCUACCUCUGAAAGAAACUAUGGUCUCUUUCAACCUGAUGAGUCUAUGACUUACAAUGUAGGCUUCUCUGCUCUUGCAACCACAUCUUCAUCUUCAUCGCCAUCUUCUUCGUCUUCUUCCUCCGCCUCCUUUUCCCUUGCCUCACAUGCCACUCACACUAAGGUAGUUCACACGGGAUACCAUCAAAGCUUCAUGUGCUGGAUGUUUGUGUAUUGGGUAAUUUCAGCUCUUUAUGUGUGAACAAAAUUACAGUGCAUCAUGCGGUAAUUCAAGUGGCUAAAAAGGUGACCUGUCUCUCAAAACAAAAGGAGCUUUCCAGAAUCUGAAAUACUACUUCAUGAACUCUAUCUAUUAAAGGCAACCUAGCUAGCUAUUUUGUGUAAGGAAAAUAGAAAGCACACGCUUUCCAAAAGAUUGGGCAGCAAAAGAAAGGAGUUCAAUUUCGAUGGGGGAGAAUUGAUGAUGAAGAUUAAUAGUACUACCAAACAUCUUAAUUCAAGUGGCUAUACUUUAAUUUCUUUCAUCCACUUAACCCCACCAUUAGUCACAUUAUUCUAGCAACAUUACCAUGUGGCCGCAAUGUGAUGUGAAAUUUAGCUUAUUUUUAGGUACAUAAAGGGACAAAAACGCCACCUCAUUCUUUCAGUUCGAUGCAAGAUGAUGUUGCAAACAGAAUCAUUUCUAGUUUCAAAUACCAAAUAUAUCUUAGCUUCUACGUUCCUCAUUAUAUGUAAAGUUUAUUCUCGCUUUUGUUUCUAUAUCUCACUUCUUUGCCAUAUUCUUCA